CUGUUUUGUCAGAGCCAAAAUGGCACCCGUGGUUAGCUUGAAAACAGCCACUAGGGGCGGGAUAAGAAGAUAUCCAAUGAAACCAGAAAGAUGAGUAAAAAAUAUUUUAGGAAAUGUUCACACGCCUACCUGCUUGAGUGUUGUUUUGUUUUACCAACGUCCGACAACAGCCACAGCUAGAGAGAAACGAGAGCUAAGCUGGAGCUAACGUUAGCUUGGUGCUAAGUUACCAGUUGAAGCUAGUUAACGUUAAUAACUGAGAUUUAUAAGAGGACUCUGACUGACAACAUAAAGUAAGAAUGGCUCAGUGGGACAGACUGAGGCAGCUACCUGCUGCAUACACACAGCAGCUACAUGAGCUCUAUGACAGGGAUGCUCUGCCUAUGGAUGUGAGGCACUACCUGUCAGCCUGGAUAGAGAAGCAGGAAUGGCAACGAGCAGCACGGGACCACGACUUAGCUAGGGUGCUGUUCCAGGUCCUGCUGGAGAAUCUGGAUAUCCAACACAGCCGCUUUGUGCAGGAGGAGGCAUUCCUACUCCAGCACAAUAUUAGACGCUAUAAACAGAACUUUCAGAGGUACCUGGAUGAACCGUGUGCCUUGGCAAACACAAUCCUGUGGUUUUUGGGAAAAGAGAAGGAAAUCCUUGAUAAUGCUGAUCUGCCUAAACAGGUCCAGUGUUUGCAAGUAGAGCAUGAAGCCAUGGAGACGAGCAGCCAGCAGGACCUUGAACGUAAACUGGCUGGCCUCAGGAAUGAAGUGCAGUGCAUGGAACAUACAUUGAUAUGUCUGGAGGAGCAGCAAGACGAGUUUGAUUUUAAAUACCAAACCCACAAGAUGGAAGCUGCUGUAGAUGAGGCGCAGAGGAAGGAACAACAGAAAGUUUUUCAGUUACUUAUCAACAGACUGGAUGAAUGUAGAAAGAGCACACUGGCAGACCUAAAUAAGAUCCUGGACAGGAUUGAUGAGCUGAUCGACAUAUUGGUGAAGAAAGAGCUGGUGGAGUGGCAGAGGAGGCAGCAGAAAGCCUGCAUUGGCGCUCCAGACAAUGUUUGUCUGGAUCAGCUGGAGAAAUGGUUCACCUGUGUGGCAGUGAGUCUAUUCCAGGUGCGCGAGUUUCUUGGGAAGCUGGAGGAGCUGGCAGGAAAAGUGACCUAUGGAAACGAUCCUGUGAAGGCCCAAAGACCCGCAAUGCAGAGGAGAGCAGAUACUCUUCUAAAAGACUUACUCAGGAGUUCCUUAGUGGUAGAGACUCAGCCAUCCAUGCCUCAGGGGAAAGGACCGCUGGUGCUCCGCACAAACGUCCAGUUCUCUGUCAAGACCAGGCUUCUUGUUAAGUUUCCUGAGCUGAACCACUCCAUGAAAGUGAAUGUAUCCAUGGACAGGGAGGCUCCUCAGAUCAAAGGAUAUCGGCGUUUUAAUGUUCUGGGGACCAACAGCAAGGCCUUGAACAUGGCAGAGAGCCAGAGUGGCGGCAUGGUGGCAGACUUCAGACAUCUUACUCUGAAGGAGCAGAAGUCUGGAGGUGGCGGCAAAGGAGUCAGUGAUAUUUCUCUCAGUGUUACAGAGGAGCUGCACAUCAUCUGCUUCGACACUGUAUUUGAGCUGAAAGGCGUGUCAGUUGAGUUGCAGGCCUCCUCCAUCCCAGUGAUCAUCAUCUCCAACUCCAGCCAGCAGCAGAGCGCCUGGGCGUCUGUCCUCUGGUUCAACCUGCUCAGUUCAGACACCAAGGACGUCGCGUUCCUUGCCAACUCUCCUGCAUCCACUUGGCCGCAGUUUGGAGAGAUGUUGAGCUGGCAGUUUCUCUCUGCCACUAAACUGGGUCUGAAUGAGGCUCAGCUGGAAAUGAUCGCACACAGACUGUUUGGAAGGCAGAAGAACUAUGACACCUGCAAAGUAGCUUGGUCAAAGUUUAGCAAGGAAAAUGCUCCUGACACUUUCUGGGUGUGGUUUGAUGGCAUCUUGGUUAUGGUGAAAACAUACCUCGAAGACCUGUGGAGGGAUGGCCUCAUCAUGGGCUUUGUGAGCAAAGCCAAAGAGAAGUCCCUCUUGACGAAGAAACAGAGAGGCACGUUCUUGUUGCGCUUCAGUGACAGUAUCAUUGGAGGAAUCACCUUCUCCUGGGUGGAAAUCACCUUAAAUGGCAAGCCUGAUGUAAAGACAGUCACGCCCUUCACCAAAGUCGACCUCUGCCAGAUCCCCUUCCAUGAAAUCAUCAGGAAUUUCCAGAUCUUGGAAGCUGAAAAUAUCCCAGAAAAUCCUCUGAUCUACCUGUAUCCAAACACCCCUAAGGAAGACGCUUUCGGAAAAUACUACAAUGAGAAGAGUGGAAAUGACAGUCCUUACAUAAAGUACAUCAAAACCAAGCUGAUGUUUGUGUCAAAGGAGAACAAACUGGAGGCUAUGUCACCCAUGUCCUCUGACAUGGCACAGGGUGAAGGCCUGGAGCCAAUGAAUGGCCUGUAUGGAGAGGCAGCUGAACAAGACGGGAGUCCUCCUCCUCUGCAGUCACCUCUGGAAACACAUCACCUUGAUCCCAUGCAGUCUGGCACACAUCACCCUGAUCCCAUGCAGUCUGGCACACAUCACCCUGAUCCCAUGCAGUCUGGCACACAUCACCCUGAUCCCAUGCAGUCUGGCAUACAAAACCCUGAUCCCAUGCAGUCUGGCACACAUCACCCUGAUCCCAUGCAGUCUGGCACACAUCACCCUGAUCCCAUGAUUUCUGGCUUUGGUUUAAACACAGAGGAUGAUUUGGUGAUGUUUCUCAACAAUCCCAACACCUUCACUGAUUCUGGCAACUUGCAAGAUGAGCCUGAGCUGCCUGAUUUCAGCUAUCAAGGAUUUAAUUGCCUGCCCCCACAAUCCUGUGGAAGCAUUUUCCAAUAAGCCUCUGUUUUGUAUAUGUAACCAAACCACUAUAUCAUUCACCGCCAGCUUUACUUUUAGCUACUUUACGUUACAACACCCAUGUCAUAAGACUGUAGCAUACGUAGCAAAUCCACUGUGAACAUAAUAGUUAGCUUGUUUAGUCUAAAAUACUUGACAGCCCCUCUGCUAAUCGUGAUAGUAAAUAUUAAGAAUAACUUUUACAAUCAGCAUUGUGAAUGCUGUGUGCACUUAACUUUUAUAAUUCCCUUUUAUCGUGUUGCACUAUAUAUAAUGAUUCAAUGAGACUAUCUGAAGACACAAAAAAGAGAUAAUUGAAUUAGCUGGAUUCAUAUUAGUGUCCCAGGCACCUUUUUUUUUCAUUUUGGGGCCAAUUGUCUUAAGAUAACACAUCCAAGGAAUGAUAUAAAACUGACCAUUUAAACAGGUGGGGAAAUCUUUAUAUGAGGUAUUGAUGAGUACAUUGCGCAGACUGCACAUAAUUUAUUGUUUUAAUCGUUGUCUCUUUGUGGUUGCUAUAUUGUUGCCACCUGCAGCUUGUUGAACUGACACAUGGCACUUCCUCCAUUUAAGUUAUAUGCUUUUAUAUUAACCUGCUCAUUUAAAUCCAUCUGAAAUGUUAUCACCAAUAAAAGGGAAAUGAUGCGUGUAUGUUCCGUUCAUUAAUAACUGAAAUGUUGUAAAUUAACAAAUAUGAGAAGUAGUUUUUUACGUCAUCAGUCUACUUCCACAGUAACUUGUUAAUCUUUGAUUGCUGCACCAAAUCUUAAUCAAAUGUGUAUGUUAAAAAUGAAUACAAUAAAAUAAAACCAGAUUCUGCAGAUCUA